UGUGAUUUGACAGUCGCAUCUCUCCGUGUGUCCGGGAGCGCACGUGUGUGUGUAUGUUUACGAUCGUCGUGCUCCACGUGCUGCGUGUGGAUGCGCUCCUCGCGCGCUGUCGGUAACAGAAACCAUGACUGGCGCGCCGCGCGACCCCUUCUACUCAUCUCCGUUCGGUCCGUUUUACCGGAGACACGCGCCCUACCCGGUGCAGCCGGAGUACCGGAUGCACGAGCUUAACAAACGGCUCCAGUCCCGGCCUGAGGACUGUGAUAUUCUGUGGUGGGAUGCAUUCUGCACUGAGUUCUUUGAAGAAGAUGCCACAUUGACUCUCUCAUUCUGCCUGGAGGAGGGACCAAAGACGUACACCAUCGGGCGCACCCUGAUCCCUCGUUACUUCAGUUCUCUGUUCGAAGGAGGAGUCUAUGAGUUGUAUUUUGAGCUGAAACAAACAAAGGAGUCGUUCAACAACUCAGCUAUUACUGUCGACUCUCAUCACUGUACUAUGACAACACAACACGGCAAACCUACGUUCACUAAGGUGUGUACAGAAGGCCAUCUUAUUCUUGUGUUCACCUUUGAUGACCUCAGGAGAAUCAAAACAUGGCACUUCACUAUCACACACUACAGUGAACUCAUUCCUCGCAGUGUCUUGGCUGUAAAUGCACAAGACCCUGGAGCUCUGGAACAACUGUCCAAAAACAUCAGUCGAGUGGGACUUACCAACCUUACGCUGAACUACCUCAGAUUGUGUGUGAUUCUAGAGCCGAUGCAGGAGCUCAUGUCUAGGCAUAAGACAUAUGGACUGAGUCCCAGAGACUGCCUGAAGUCCUGCCUCUUUCACCAGUGGCAGAGGAUGACAACACCACCAGUUGGACCCUCGCCCAGCUUCAAGACAGAAAUAUUUCCCUCUAAUUCCAAAAAAUCAGAGCCAACCAAACCAGCAGCAAAGAGACGGAGGAGGAGGAACUCAGCUGGUAGCGCGUCCAAUAGCAGCACAGGAAACAGCAAGAAGCGCAGCCCAGCCAAUAACUUCAGCCUACCAUCACAGGAUGUGAUGGUGGUAGGGGAGCCCUCUCUAAUGGGAGGGGAGUUGGGUGACGUGGACGAGCGUUUGAUCACACGCCUCAAGAACGAACAGUACGACCCCAUCAACGGUCUCCAUGAUGACGGUCUCCAUGACUACACCAACUCACCGACACUUGGAAACGGCAGCUCCUGAAAUGGUCAGCACCCUAGCAACCAAGACAGUAAGCCUGAUACCAUGGCAAUGCAGCAGUUGGAGUAAUGUGAUCUGACACUGGGUAGCUAUGGCAACGGUGCUGUCAAGGGAUGGGGGUAUUUUCAACUGUAGAGGAGAAAUUGCAGGAGAGAAGGUGUGUGUACGCGCGUGUGUGUGUGUGCAUGCUAGCGUUUAUGUUGGUGUGACACGGUAUUCCAUACUUGAGACAUACAGCUUCAACCAUUUAGUUUAAGUAUUCCGAAAAAAAUAAAAGAUACUGCAAGCCUUGUAA